CCAGCGACCUAUACCGAACCCUACCAGCCCGAUUCCACACAAAAUCGUCGUCGACGCACCAAACUCUCUCUCUCUCUCUUCUGUACGCGAGGAGAAGAAGAGGACCAAACCCUAACCCUAGAGAGCUUCAUUCACAUGGAGGAUCAACGAACCUCUCAGAACGACAACGACAAUCGUCGUUUGUACAACCCCUAUCAAGACCUCCAAAUCCCAAUCCACAAUAUCUACAAACUUCCCACGUCGCCGGAGUUCCUCUUCCAGGAAGAGUCCGUUGCCCAACGCCGUUCCUGGGGUGAAAACCUCACCUACUACACAGGCAUCGGCUACCUUUCCGGCGCAGUCUCCGGCGCCGCCAAGGGCCUAGUCGACGGCGUCAAAGCUUCGGAGCCCGGGGACACCGUGAAACUGCGGAUCAACCGGAUCCUCAACGCCUCCGGCCACGCAGGAAGAAAAUUCGGGAACCGGGCCGGCGUGAUCGGGUUGAUGUACGCGGGUUUGGAGAGCGGGAUUGUGGCGGUGAGGGACACGGACGAUGUGGUGAACAGCGUGGUGGCAGGUCUGGGCACCGGCGCGCUAUAUCGGGCGGCGGCUGGAGUGAGGUCGGCGGCGGUAGCGGGGGCGAUCGGUGGGGUGGUGGUUGGGGCAGCGGUGACGGCGAAGCAGGUGUUGAAGCGAUACGUGCCGAUCUAGGGUUUGCACUGCACCAUUCAAAUCCAAUUUUGAUUAGUUAACCAUAUGAAAGAAUUAUAUUCUCUAAUCGUCUUGAAAUUCGUCGAAUUUUCCAGCUUGAGAUGAUAUAUACAUGCUCUGAUGGUUACUUUGAUUUCCCUCUGUAAUGUUGUAUUGAUUCAUGAUGAUGAAUAAUAAAAACCUGAAAUGGGAUGGCACCAACAUCUAUGUUGAUAUGAGAUUUGAUCCAAACACUUAGCUUCAGACUCUGCAUCAAUGUAUUGUGUUCUGCAUUCUCAAUGGAACUCAUAAUUUUCGGUGUCUUUGUGUUCA